CGAAGCUCAGUUUCAGUUUUAAUAGAGUAGUAUAACCAACUACCACUCUAAGCAUACGUUUAAUUCCAACCUCCUCCUCUCUUUUCUGAAUCGGCUCAUCCUCUUCCAUUUUGUAAUAAGCGAAUUGAACUUGGAACAAGAUGUUAACACUUGGAAACAUAAGCUUCGUUAUUAUAAUCGCCUUCUCGACGGCUCUACUGGCGAGACUCCUCAUCCCUUAUUCCUCCGUCGACCUCCGAAAGUCCACCUCUCUUCAUCGCCUAUGGAUCACCACCCAGCUCAUCGUCCUAAUCAUCUGGAAGAUUUUCCCCGCCAAAUCCGACGCCAACCAACCACCACAAUCUUCAACGGAGAUAGACCUGCCUCCUGACGUAGAGGAGUCGCCGCCGGAAAUGAGCUGGUCCUCUGCGCCACCCCACGAGCCUGAGCCAGAGGUGCCGAUUGCGACCGAGCACCCCUCGAUGGACGACGCGUGGAAAUCGAUCGACAAGAGUGGGGGCAAGAGGGUGCUGACGAAGAGCGAGACUUGGGAGCCGCGCGGGAGGAGGGAAGUGGAGCGGGCGGCGGCGCUGAGGAGGACGGACACGGCGAUGCUGAAGACGGAGAAGAAGAGAUGGGAGGAGGUACAUGUGUGGAGAGCACUGGAGAGGCAGGUGGAGAGCCAGGAGGAGCUAUUCCAGCGCGUGGAGACGUUCAUUAAGAAGCACUACGAUCACCUCCGGCUUCAGAAGCAGGAGUCGGAGCGCCGUCGCUUCUUGGAAAGGCAGCUUCUCCCUCAACAGAGCGCGGUGCAGUAAAAAUCCUUCUACUCCAAUUGCCGACAGCCGAUUCCUCUACGCGGUCAUGGUGCAUGAGAAAUUGUUUAUGCGGGAGGGUUAAUUGGAAGUGUAAGAAAUUGCUUAUGCGGAGGGGUUAAUCGAAAGUGUUUGAAAUUACUUAUGCGGGAGGGUUAAUUGGAGUGUAAAAUAUUGCUUAUGCGAGAGAGUUAAUUGCUUAGGCAUGCAGUAAUUAUAAGAAAGUAUAUUCUUCUUGAGUUCCA